AUGGUUCUUAAAUCAACUUCAGCUGGUGACGUUUCCAUAUACCAAGUCUCAGGGUCAAAUGUCUCGCGAUCUUUGCCCGAUUGGAUUGCCAAAAAGCGUAAGAAGGCAUUGAAACAGGAUAUCGAUUACUCCAACCGUAUAGAGCUUAUUCAAGAUUUCGAGUUUAGUGAAGCUUCCAACAAGAUCAAGGUCAGUCCAGAUGGCCAAUACUGUAUGGCCACGGGUACUUAUAAGCCACAAAUACACGUUUACGACUUUGCCAAUUUGUCAUUAAAGUUUGAACGUCAUACUGAUUGUGAAAACGUUGACUUUGUGAUAUUGAGUCAGGAUUGGACUAAGUCAGUCCAUUUACAAGUGGAUAGAAGUAUCGAAUUUCAAACAAAAGGGGGGAUAUAUUACAAGACCAGGAUCCCUAAAUUUGGAAGAAGUUUGUGCUACAAUGAGGUCAACUGUGAUUUAUUAGUCGGUGCCCUGGGGAAUGAAUUGUAUCGAUUGAAUUUAGAACAAGGAAGGUUUUUGAACCCACUCCACUUGGAGACUGAAAGAGGAGUGAACUCGGUCACUGUGAAUAAAGUGCAUGGACUUAUAUCUGCAGGGUUGGAAGAUGGUACCGUUGAGUUUUGGGAUCCACGUUCCAAAUCUAGAGUGGGUAAAUUAUGGAUCGAUGAACAACUCGGCGAGCCUGAUAUAGAAGUGACCACGGUAAGUUUUAGACAAGAUGGUUUGAAUUUUGCAUGUGGUACAUCUGAUGGUAAAACCUUGUUGUACGAUUUGCGUACCAACCAACCAUCUAUUGUUAAGGAUCAAGGAUAUGGGUUUGCCAUUAAGAACAUUGAAUGGUUAGAAAACUCAUUAAAACCAGAUACCAUUCUCACAAGCGAUAAGCGUAUUGCUAAAAUAUGGGAUAGAAACUCUGGCAAGCCAUUUGCUUCGAUGGAGCCCACCGUUGAUAUCAAUGAUGUGUGCCACGUUGCAAACUCGGGUAUGUUCUUUAUGGCGAACGAAGGUAUGCCGAUGCACACCUACUAUAUUCCAAACUUGGGUCCUGCACCUUCAUGGUGUUCCUUCUUGGAUAAUGUCACUGAAGAAUUGGAAGAGAAGCCAUCGGACACUAUUUAUUCUAAUUAUAGGUUCAUCACGAAGGAUGAUGUCAGAAAACUCAAUUUAACUCAUCUUAUUGGCUCCAAAGUGCUUCGUUCGUAUAUGCAUGGUUACUUUAUUGACACAGAGUUGUACGAAAAAGUUAAUCUUAUUGCCAACCCCAACUCCUUACGAGACCAAAGAGAACGUGAUAUCAGAAAGAAAAUUGAACAAGAAAGAGAGUCGCGUAUUAGAACAUCUAAUGCCAUUAAGAAUACCAAGAUUAAAGUCAAUAAGGAUUUGGCUACCAAAUUGCAAGACAAAAUUGGUGGUGAUAUGGCAGAAUCAGUUAUCAAUGAUGAUAGAUUCAAGGAAGUGUUUGAAAAUCCAGAUUUUGCGGUGGAUGAAACCUCGCACGAUUACCGUCAAUUAAACCCUGUUUCACGUGAGGGUAAGGAUAUUACAACCACAGCAUCAGCAUCCUCGCGAGGAUUAACUGCUGCUGAAGAAUCAGACGAAGAGAGAGCAAAUGGUAAUGGAGGAAAUGGAGAUGCGCUGUCAGGAUCGGAUAGUGAAAGCGACGAUGAUGACGAGGAUGAUGACGAGGAGGAAGAGGAUGAGGCAGCAAGAAGACAGGCUGAAAAAGUGCGCGAGAAACUUCGUAAAAAGAGGGAGGAAGAAGCUCGAUUCCAAAAUAUAAUGCAGAAGGUAGAGAAGAAAGAUCCUAAAUCCAAAGCAGCAUCAGAAUCAUUUGCAUCGCAAGUGAAAAAGAUUGUUAAGCCAAAGUCAGCCGACGUCAAGGGAAGACUACAGAGACAUGCGCGUGGUGAAGCAGAGCUUACAUUCACGCCUUCUUCAUCGAAGAAGAAGUUCAAGCCUGUUAAAACUGACGAAAGUGGUGAUAAAGGAAGGACGAAACAGAGAUUUGAUGGUAGAAGAAUUGCUUCUAGAAACCAAUUCAGGGGUAUGUAA